AUGGCGACAUAUUUGGGCCAGUGUUUGACGCUAGGACAGUUGCAUACUUUGGCUGGGGCUACAGCCUCGUUCGUGGCGGUGAUAUCGUCUUAUCCAUUGGACUUGAUGAAGAAUAGAGUAGCUUCUGCAUCCCUUUACAAGUCCCCUUUGGACUGUAUGAGGAUCACAUGGAAAAAUGAGGGUUUUAAAGGCUUUUAUAAAGGAGUAUCGUCGCCUAUGAUUGGGGACGUGGCGAUUGGGAUGACAGCCUUUGGAGUGUAUGGGUAUAUGAGUACUCGCCUUAAGCAGAGUUCUAACAAUUCGUUCAGUCCGACCAAAACGGCCGCUAUUUCUGGCGGGACUGCGGGCCUGGCAGCUGCUGUGAUUGGAUGCCCUUUCGAAGUGGUUAAGCUUCAACUCCAGAUGCAGUACGUGCGAGGCCUCAGCGCUUCUAUCAACGUUGCUUCGUCGGAGUAUACGUCAGUAGUGAAUCACGCCGUUGCAGUCCGUCGGGCUGAGCAUCUCGGUAGUGUGUAUAGAGGCCUUGUUGAUUGCGUCAAGCAAGUGGUUGGGUCUCGCGCCUAUAAUAUGGGUUUAACUGCUAUGUGCAUGCGUAAUGUAGUGGGAUGGAGCAUCUCAUACCCUACGUUUGAGUAUCUGCGGAACUGCUUUGCAGAGCACAUGUUUGGCGAUUUUAGUGAACAGUCUGUAGCGAAAUUGCCUACAUGGUCGCUGAUGCUCUCGGGCGGAAUCAGUGGAUCGAUAUUUUGGACGGCUGUGUUCCCUAUGGACGUUAUCAAGGCGAAUAUGCAGGGCCAGAAAAUUAAUGAACGGACCUGGGCAUGCCUCCGUAGCUGCGUUGGUGACCUUUAUAAAGCUGGCGGCUUCGGACGCUUUUACAAAGGCCUAAGUGCAGCGAUCCUACGAGCAUUCCCGCACAACGCUGUAGCCUAUUCUGUCUAUGCUUUGGUCGUAACAGCAUUGACUGUGCCGCAGCAUGCAGCAGUUGAAUAG